CCAGGAUCGCACCCCCAAUGCUAUGCUACUAUGUAAAAGUGAAAGUGGUAGUACUACCACCUCCUGACGUCACUUCUACGCCAUCCUCCUACUAUAUCAUAUAAACAUCCACCACUGCAGCUCCUACUACACUCUUUCCCAUUCUCCUACAAUCCAUCUUACAAUUAACUACAUCAACCGUUUAAUCUAACCAGCUAAGCUACAACCAAAGAACCAAACAAACAAAAAUGUCCACCACAAUCCCCACCACCAGCGGCACGCAGCCCCUGGACCCCUACAAAGCCAAAUCCCUAGACGAAGACAUCCCACUCUCUCAAAAGAUCACCGACCUGUCCACCUUCAUCACGGAACAGAAAUUCGGCAUGUUGACGACAAAGUCCUCGGAUGAUGAUCUGCUCACGAGUCGGUGUAUGGCUCUUGCUGGGAAGGAGAAAGGCGACACAACCCUAAUCUUCCACACAAACCUCUUCAGCCACAAGACCAUGGACCUAACCGCCCACCCCACAGAGACCAACAUGUCCUUCCUCGACCCCAUCAGCGGGUCCUGGGCAUCUAUCUCCGGCACGGCGAGUAUCGUGGCGGAUAAGGAGACCGUCAAGAAGUAUUACUCGCCGGCGCUGCAGGCGUGGUUGGGUGAUUUGGGCGAUGGAGUGCAUGAUGGUGGGCCCGAGGAUCCGCGGAUCGGGGUGAUCAAGCUCGAGGCGAAGACCGCGGUGUAUGCGGUUUCGAGGAAGGGGGUUAUUGGACGGGCUGUGGAGACGGUCAAGAGUGUGGCGAGGGGGGAUGUGCCGGCUGUUAAUAGUAUUAGGGAGGUGGGGAGGGCCGAGUUUGAUGAGUGGAGACGGACGCAUCCUGAGUAA